AUGGAGACAGGGAAUUAUUCAACAGUGACUGAAUUCUUUCUGGUGGGACUGUCCCAAUACCCAGAGCUUCGGAUUUUGCUCUUUGUCCUUUGCCUCAUCAUGUACGUGAUAAUCCUCCUAGGAAAUAGCCUUCUCAUAAUUAUCAUCAUCCUCGAUUCUCGCCUCCACACCCCUAUGUAUUUCUUCCUUGGGAACCUCUCAUUCUUGGAUAUCUGUUACACAUCAUCAUCCAUUCCCACAAUGCUGGUGAUGUUUGCAUCUGAAAGAAAAUCUAUGUCCUUUCUUGGCUGUGCUCUACAGAUGUUUCUGUCUCUGGGAUUAGGUUCCACUGAGUGUGUCCUCCUGGCUAUGAUGGCAUAUGACAGGUAUGUGGCCAUUUGCAGUCCACUGAGAUAUCCCACCAUCAUGAAGAAGAUGUUAUAUGUACACAUGGCUGCAUGGUCCUGGAUCAUGGGCGGUCUGAAUUCCUUACUGCAAACAAGUCUGGCAAUGACAUUGCCUUUCUGUGGUAGUAAUGUUAUUGAUCACGUAACCUGUGAGAUAUUGGCCCUGCUUAAGCUCGCAUGUGCAGAUAUUUCCAUAAAUGUAUUCAUCAUGGCAGUGGCAAGUUUUGUUUUAUUGAUAGCUCCUUUGAUGCUAAUUUGUAUCUCCUAUGUUUUCAUUCUCUCUUCCAUCCUGAGAAUUAAUUCUGCUGAAGGGAGAAAGAAAGCCUUCUCUACCUGUUCAUCCCAUCUGACUGUAGUCAUCUUGUUUUACGGUUCAGCCCUUUUCAUGUACAUGAAACCUAAGUCGAAGGACACAACUGUUUCUGAUGAACUAAUUGGGCUGUCCUAUGGCGUGAUCACCCCAAUGUUAAAUCCCAUCAUCUACAGCAUGAGAAAUAAAGAUGUGAAAGAAGCUGUGAAGAAAAUACUGAACCGACAUUUGCAACUAUAG